AUGAACGCAUUCGAACUGGCUUGGUACCGACGCGAAAUGCGGCGGCGUCCCAUCAUGAUCAGCACAGCUCCCGAGCCAGUAAGGCGUCGCGCGCGCCCCAAGCCGCGUCCGACACCACAGGCUCAGCCAGUGCGGCGAGUAGUAGAAGAACCAUCAGCGCUAGAAGUGGUCAGCUCAGACAACGAUACAUCUGACGAGUCAGUGCGGCUGUCUCGCUCGCACUCGCGCUCGUCUCGCUCGCGGUCUCACUCUCGCUCCAGCCGGUCUUCCUUGGACCUCACUGACUCUAGUUCGCAUUCAGGAAGCAAAAGUGGCAAUUCAUCAUCAUCAGCAUAUUCCGACUGGGAGGCGGGCGCUGCGCUGGCCCCUCCCACUCGCGCUAGGCGACGCCCCGUGGCUGCGAGAAGAUACAGUCCCAGCGCGUCAGCUCCGAAGCGUCCGGCAGCAGCCACCAACGGAACCGCUCCGUCCGGUUCCGGAUCCGGCGCGGCGCCGGCAGAUCUGCCGGAACUGUACCGGCCCGGGGAGUGGCUUACAGCCGUGUCGCCACGCAAGGCGCCCUAUCACCCACAGAUGGGCGACGCAGUCAUGUACUUCCGAGUGGGCCAUCAAAAAUACUUGGAAGCUGUGUCUGAAAAAGAUCUAUAUCCAGUCUUACCACGAGACAGGCCGUGGGAGAACGCGCAUGUUUACGACUGCGAAGCGGCUAAAGUCGUAGGCAUCAAAUACGCGAUCAAACCGCCGCGUGUAGCGUGCGUGCGGCUAGCGUGCUCCCUACCUCGGCCAGCCGGUAGUUCUACGUCACAGAAUGGCGGGAGCAUAGUCGUCGUCUAUCACGAUAUGCCUGAUGUUAUUGACUUCUUAGUGCUACGUCAGCAGUAUAGUGCGGGCUGCGGGCGCGGAUGGACACAGGGCGAUCGCUUCCGCUGCAUGAUCGACGACUCCUGGUGGACGGGCGUGGUGCUGGAGAACACGUCCGGCUCGCCGGGCUCGGGCGGGCCGGCGCCGGACGAGCCGGACGCGGCGGGGCGCUGGGCGCGCGCCGCGGCCGCCAACUUCCUGUCGCUCAAAGUGCGCUGGGACAACGGGGAGGUGGAGAGACUGUCCCCGUGGGACUUGGAACCUAUGGACCCGGAGAGAUUACCAUCAGCGCCGGGCGGUGCCGUGCCAGUAUUGCCUCACGAGCUAGAAGCUGUCCUGUACAAGGCUGAAGCCAGCGAGUGGCCUCCACGAGGCGAUAGAGCGGCCGCGUGCCGCGCUAUAGCUCAUCAUCUCAACCUGGUUAUGUCCUUAUCAGCGGCGGAGCCGUUCGUAGCGCCCGUAGAUCUGCAGCUGUACCCAACAUACGCUCUAGUAGUGCCCUACCCUAUCGAUCUCAGCACCAUUCGAUCGAGGUUCGACCACCUGUUCUACCGUCGAGCGGCGGCAGCACAAUUCGACGUGCGCUACCUAGCGAGUAACGCGGAGCGCUUCAACGAACCACAUUCACCCAUCGUCCGGCAGGCGAGACUUAUCACCGAUCUACUACUAUAUAUCAUCAGUCACUGGCGCGAAGUAGAUGUGGUGGCAAAGUAUCACGAGCUAGCCGCCUCCUACCGUUCUGAGGACGACGAGCCAGCGCCCAGCCAACCCACUAAGUCUCGCCGAGCCCGUGGUCGCGCAGGCUCCAUAUCAUGGCGGGCGGCUUGCACGAGGGUUCUUCAAGAGUUGAUGAGUUCCUCUGACGCGGGGCCCUUCAGGGAGCCAGUGUCACUCGAUCAAGUCCCUGAUUACUUAACAAUAGUGAAGAGCCCUAUGGACCUGGGCACGAUAUCGCAGAAGCUAGCCUCGGGCCGCUACUCGCGCCAGCACAAGUGCGGCGCGACCUCGCACUCGUGUUCCACAACAGUCGGCUCUACAACACCAACAAGCGGAGCCGGAUCUACUCAAUGACAGUCCGCCUGUCGGCACUGUUCACCGCGCUAUGGGAAGCUCACGUGCCCGCUACCGCUUCCGCCUCCGCCUCUGGCUCCGCUACUCGCGUCACGCGCCACGCUCGAUGCAAACGCAUCGAGUCACAUGCAGGUACUGUUGCCUAUGACAUUAUAGAUCUACUUAAUGACAGUCCGCCUGUCAGCACUGUUCACCGCGCUAUGGGAAGCUCACGUGCCCGCUACCGCUUCCGCCUCCGCCUCUGGCUCCGCUACUCGCGUCACGCGCCACGCUCGAUGCAAACGCAUCGAGUCACAUGCAGAAAGUAUGAACGGCGACAUCGUCUCCCAACCGCCUUCGCCCGACCGGCCCGACCUUGAACUGAACUCAGACAGUUCCUCAUCAGAGCCAUUGGCAGCUUUAGCACAAGCAAGGCUCCAGCAUCCAGACUCUUCUGACAGCGAUGUGCCUCUAAGAGC